AUAAAAAGUAAUAUUAAAUUAGCCCUGUCUCUAAAAUGUAUAAAGAAUCUGGUCCAUCUAACUUUGCAAUAAAUGUCUUCAGUAUGCAAGGACAUAAAGUACUAGUUGAUGCUCAAACAGACAUGUCCAUCGAAUCUGUGAAAAAUGAAGCUGUCAAAAAACUUUCAAAUAUGCGGGGCAGUGGAUUUGAUAACACUGCAGAAUACACACUAGUAUGUGCAGUGGGACAAUGUAGACGUUUGUUUAACAAAAACACCAUAAAAUCUGAGAAUUUGACUGCCGCUGAUAUUCUUCUGUUAUACAAUGUUCAAGAACAAAGUAGUAAAGAUCCAGGAGUCCCAACCAGAUCUAUUCCAACAAUGCCAGGAAUAAAGAAGGCAACAGAAGGUUUAGUAGCUCGAGGUAAAUCAGUCGGCGAAGCUGCGUCAUCUGCUAAUUCUGCUACAGGCACACUUGAGCAAACUUUUCGUAAGAUAUUGCUCACUUUGCUUGACCUUUCUUACAAACUGAUGUUUUUUGAUGAAGAAGCUGAUGGAUUGUUUUGUUCUAAAAGUAAAACAUUGAAUCUGGUGGAUCCUAGUCUCAUUUCUUCACUGACUGCGAUGGGAUUUUCUGAAGCAAUGGCCUGCAAAGCUUUAAGAGUGAAUCAAAUGGAUAUGGAAGCUGCCAUGGAUUGGCUGUUACACAAUCCUGAAAGUAGAGAGGAAAGUGCGAUGGACACCGAUACGGAAACGGAUGAAAAUGAAACCGAGGAUAAGGAUGAUGAUAAACAUUCCGCAAAACGAGUGAAAAGACGCCUUGAUGCUUGGCGUAAGAAAAAUCAGCGUUUACAGCCAAGCAAUGAACAUAUAACAAUACUUGUAGGCAUGGGGUUUACCAAGGAAGACAGUACUCAGGCGCUUAAACUUAAUGGAAAUAAUCCAAGUGCUGCAUGUGACUGGCUUUUAGGGGAUAGGAAGGUUCCAGAUGAUGACCCAAAUGAUGGCUUAGCUCCUGACAGUGAACUGUAUAAAGCAAUUGUCAGUAAUCCAACAAUACAUAUAGGGUUACACAAUAAAAGAGUUUUGGAAGCCUUAGAAGACAUGCUCGAAAAUCCCUUGAGGAGACACAAUUGGGCAAAUGAUUCGACUGUAGGUUCUGUAAUUCUACAAAUAUUAAAGCUUUAUCAUAAAUAUUCCAAUUCUGGUUAGCAUAUAUUAUGACAUGAACUUCUCUUGAAUAUUUUGCUGAUAUUGAAAAUGUCCGAAUUUGCUCUUAGGUAUAUUUCUGUAUUGACGCUGAGAAAAUAUAAAAUUUUGUUUUAUUAAUAAAUUUAAA